AUGUCCCACCAAAUUCAGUCUGAGUCUAAAAUCGAAUUAAAAAACUCCUCACUUAAAAUGUUGUCUAGAGGCAAAAAGCAGGAAGAAAAGGACUGGUUCCAAAUCCUUGCAAUUUUUUUGGCGUGCAUUUCGUCAUUUACUGACGGUAUGAUUUUUUCCUGGCCUUCCCCAGCAAUUCCAAAAAUCGUAGCAGAUAAAACCAACUACGAUAUAUCAUUAGAUGAAGCCUCAUUCUUCACAGUUUUGCCCCCAAUCGGGGCUAUACUUUCCUCAUUUCUUUUUGCAAAACUAAAUGACACGAUUGGGCGUAAAUAUACUCUACUUUUGAUCACAAUUCCUCAAAUAAUUGCCCUGAGUUUGAUCGCCACGGCAAAAUCUAUUUACGUGUUCUACUUGGCUCGAUUUAUAGGGGGUUUGGGCGACGCUUGCCUUUUUGGCUGUUUACCCGUUUACGUGGGGGAGAUUUCCACCCCAAGAGUGCGAGGUUCGUGGGGUAAUUUCAUGACUUUUCUCAUGUAUGUUGGCCAAUUGUCAAUUAAUAUUAUAGGGAGCUACAGCUCAAUUGCCAUGACGGCUUAUAUUUGUCUUAUUUUUCCAGUUUUUUUCUUUUGCACUUUUAUUUUUAUGCCGGAAACUCCUUAUUUCUACUUGAUGAAAGGCCGCGUCGAGGACGCACGAGUCUCUUUACAGCGUCUUCGACGAGUUGAGAACGUCGAAGAGGAGUUAACCAAACUAAAAACCGAUAUUGAACGACAAAUGUCUGAAUCUGGGAGUUGGAGAGAUGUUUUCGCCAUCAGGAGCAACCGGAGAGCUUUAUUUGCCGGAAUUUUCCUCCGAGCGUCUCAACAACUGGGCGGAAUUUCCUCCUUUACAGUCUACACCCAGUAUAUUUUCCUCAAAUCGGGCGGCGACGUCUCGGCCAGUACCUCCGCGAUCAUCUUCAUGGGUCUGUGUGCGAUUUUGAACAUGUUUGCAGCUUUUACUCUCGACAAGAUCGGUCGUAGAAAAUCUUAUUUCUUAUCGCUGUUAUUGUGUGGUUUAGUGUUGUUGUGUGAAUCUGUUUAUUUUUUGCUCGAGCAGUUUUACAGUGAUUUAUUUGAUGUCAAAAUCUUUAACUGGAUUCCACUGGUUGGGAUGAUACUCUAUGUUGUAUUUUAUUCAUUUGGACUUGGUAUUGUGCCUACUUUAAUGCUAGGAGAGCUUUUCUCGGCGAGUAUUAAAGGAAAAGGUUUGUUCUUAAUGAAUAUCGUGUUGGGGCUUUUUGUGAGUGUGGCAACCAAGUUGUUUCAUUUGCUUGAUACAUCGUUUGGGUUGUUUUCACCGUUUUUAUUUUUUGCGGUGAGUUGUUUUGUAUCGACAAUUUUGUCGGUGCGUUUCGUGCCAGAAACUAAAGGGAAAACGCUGGGAGAGAUUCAACAAUUGUUGAAAGGGACAAAAGAAGAUGAACAACAAUGUUAAUACAAAUCUUUUUUAUUUUAUUAAAAAAUCUGUCUAUUCAAAUAUUGACAUUUUAUUUAAACUCAGAGUUAAUAAAUAAAUUUUGUUAAAUUA